AUCCAAUCCAAAGCCGCUCGGGAAAGAUUCUCAGGGGCAAGGAUGGCUGCAUCGGUGUACGCCAAGAAAUCCCUCCUUUUAGCAUCGUCCACUUUUAGAUUCGCAUCGUUGAGACAUGCGGCGGCGGCGGCUCCAGCCGGCGACAAGGGAGUGAAGAAGUUUGAGAUCUACCGAUGGAACCCUGAGAAGAAGGGGGACAAGCCCAGGCUUCAGACGUACGAGGUGGACCUGAACGCGUGCGGGCCCAUGGUGCUGGACGCACUGAUCAAGAUCAAGAACGAGGUGGACCCGACGCUGACCUUCCGCCGCUCCUGCCGGGAGGGCAUCUGCGGGUCGUGCGCCAUGAACAUCGAUGGCCGCAACACCCUCGCCUGCAUCUGCAAAAUCGACAAUCCUGGCCAGUCGACCAAGAUCUACCCCCUGCCCCACAUGUACGUGGUGAAGGACCUUGUUCCGGACAUGACCCUGUUCUAUGAGCAGUACAAGUCCAUUCAGCCCUGGCUGCAGAAGAAGACUGAGGUGAAGCUUGGAGAACAGCAGCACUUACAGAGCAUCGAGGACCGCAAGAAGCUGGACGGCCUUUACGAGUGCAUCCUGUGCGCCUGCUGCUCGACCUCGUGCCCCUCGUACUGGUGGAACAGCGACCGCUACCUGGGUCCCGCCGCCCUCAUGCAGGUCUACCGCUGGGUGAUAGACUCGCGCGACGACAACACCCAGGAGCGCCUCAAGCGCCUCGAGGACCCCUUCUCUAUGUACCGUUGCCACACCAUCAUGAACUGCACCAAGACCUGCCCCAAGAGUCUAAACCCCGGGAGGGCCAUCGGCGAACUCAAGAAGCUGGUGUCCGGAAUCUCGCAGAAGCCCAAACCCGACCUGUCGGGUGUGGCCUGAGCGACCCAUCGGCAGAUCCACAACUGGAAUCCCUGUGAUGUCGCACAUUAGCUGUACAGCGGACGGAAACUGUAAUAAAGUAAUUCAGGUCGGGCA